AUGUUCCGCAUCUACAUGUUCGUCUUCACGUUUGUGCUAGUGGUGCACUUUAUUGCCUGCGGCUAUUGGUUUGUGUCCAGAACAACGGACCCAGAGUUCGAGGGGGUUUGGGUCCCGGAGCAGGAGUACCUGGACGCCGGCUUGUUCGAAAAGUAUACCCGUGCUCUGUACUUCUCCCUCGUCAUCACCUACGGAAAUGACUUAAAGCCGGAGAAUGACGUGGAGUAUGUGUUCUCCAACAUCUGCCUGACUCUUGCUCUGCUGACCAACGCCGUCAUCAUCGGGAGCGCCACAAACCUACUGUCAAACAUGGAUGCCGGAGCCGUUGCCAAGAAGACGCAGAUGGACGGGAUAAACGGCUACAUGCGGUUUCGAAAGGCGAGGCGGCGGGUGGGUCGUUUCGUAAAUGCUGAGGGCGGUCGGUCGUUUCUUGACCUUUCCAUCCUGGUGUUUGUGAACGUGGGAAACGACGGGCAUUCGGAAGGAAACUUCAUCUGCCUCUUGAAAAAGUUCAUGCCACCUGAUACGAAAGCUGGUGAGCCUUGGAAACAGUGGCCAAAUGAAGAAGUGCCCAAGGGACUCCAAAAACGGAUCCGAACGUUCUACGAGUAUCUUUGGGAAUCAGGACAGGAUAGCCAUAGCUCGGAUCUCUUCGAGGAACUGCCGGAAAAGCUCAAGCUGCAGCUCAAUAUUGCGCUCAAGAAACGCCUCAUUGAUCAGGUGCCGCUCUUCAAGACGUUUUCGCCGUCUGGAACGAUCGCUCUCGUUCAGAACCUGAUCCCCAGCAUCAUUCUCCCGGGAGAACUAAUCGUACGCCAGGGAGAUCCAGCGACGUGCAUGUUCUUCAUCAGCAGAGGCUCUGUGCGAGUGACCGUGCCCGAAACCGAGGACUGCGACGACGAAUUCCCGGAGGAGACGUACAUCAUCUCGCUGGGCGCCGGGUCGUUCUUUGGAGAGGUGGCUCUGCUCGAGGAGGAGCAUGUCCGGACGGCGAACGUGAGGGCAGAGGCGUUCACCGAGUUGCAGGUCAUGCACGCCGCGGAUUUCAAGGCUCUCGCCGAAGUGUUCCCAGAGUUCAAGGUGCGGAUGGCGGUCAAGUCGAUUUCCACGUCUCGCAUGAAGGCUGGCGAAGCUCUCGGAAAGAUGAAGGCACGUGGAAAGAAUUUUUCCAAAGGGAACUCUCGUUCCAUUCGCGGUCCAGCUCCCCGGUCGAUGAAAACCAUGCGAAACACCGUUGCCGCCGUUAAAGCCAAUCCUCGCGCCGCGACCGGUAGAGAAACCAGAGAAAAGAAGCCCAAGAUGGAAAUCUUGGUGGAACGAUUGAUGAGGAAGUACAGGUACAUGGAGACCUAA